AUGAACAAAUAUGUUACAGAAAAGAAGCUAGGAAGUGGAAGCUAUGGCACUGUUUUCAUUGUGCAUCCAGUGUCCAAUGUUGAUAAAAAGUAUGUGUUGAAGAAGAUUGCGUUGAAAGGAGUGUCGCAAAAGGAAAAAAAUAACGCCAAGCAAGAAGUCAAGCUACUGCAGGCGCUCCAACACCCUUUCAUCGUCCGAUACAUUGAUUCUUUCAUAGAUGACGAAAGUAACCUUUGUAUUGUGAUGAGCUUCUGCAAGGGAGGAGAUUUGGCAUCGUUUAUUCAGAAAAAUUACACCUACCAAAGAAUUCCAGAAAAGACAAUUCUGAAAUUAUUUGUUCAGUCCGCAUUAGCUCUUCAUUUCAUUCAUUCUCAAAAAGUCUUACACAGAGACCUAAAGUCACAAAAUAUAUUUCUUACUGACAAGGGAAAUGCUCGACUUGGUGAUUUUGGUAUAGCCAAAGUUUUUGAUGACGCUGGUAUGAGAACAUGUGAACAAAUGGCACAGACAACAAUCGGCACACCCUUGUACAUGAGCCCAGAACAAUGUAAUGGAUCAAAAUACAGUUACAAAUCCGAUGUGUGGGCUCUUGGAGUGAUAUUGUAUGAAAUGAUCAAUCAAGGGGCUCUUCCUUUCAAAGGAAAAAACAUACAACUACUCUUCUUGAAUAUUCAGAAAGGAUACUACUCUCCUGUAAAGAAUGUGCACCACUAUAGCAGCCAGCUUGUGAAUUUGAUCAACAGUUGUCUCCAGACAAGACCCAGCAAAAGGCCAACUCUUAAGGAAAUUUUAAAUACUCCAAUAAUUGUAAAAUAUAUUAGACAACAAAUGCUCACAGUUACCUCUACAGGUGAACUGACAUUGGCCCAAGACCAAGUAGAAGACACUGUUCUUGACGGCGAAAUGUCAAAUUUAUUUAUUCAACUAACUGAACUGGGAGUUUUAAAUAACAAAGCGCUUAAUCAAGACCCUCUACCCGUUCCAAACCCGUCUGUGCUCCAACCCAUUGUUCCUCCAAAUCCUAACUACAACGUGGCCAAGAAAGCAGUCGUUCCACCACAACCUAGAAAUCAAUCUCCAGUUCCUGAAAAAAUCCCUCCAAAACCUCAACCAAAAGUCCAACCAUCGUCAAGACCUCAAUCAUCCAACAAUGAUAUUGCUGUACGAGAAAAGAAAAUAGAUUCUGAAAUUAUGAAACUUCAAAAAGAGCAAAUGAGAAUUGAGAAAGCUCUCGAACAAAUGCGAAAAGACAGAGAACCCAAAAAAGAAGACGAUCAUGCAUUUCAAGAGUUUAGCAAAAAAUUUCAAGGACUUAACCUUCCUUCCAAGUUUGAACCUCCAUCAAAGACACCUCCAACUUUCACCAAUGAAAAGGAACGUAUUCUUUUUGAAAGGCAGCAAAAGAAAAUUAAGGAAGAAGAAGAACAAAAGCAAAAGCUCAAGGAAGCAAGAGUUGAAUAUCAUGCAAGCAGAGUUGCUGCUAAAAAUCAACAUUUUAAUCUUUUCCACAAUCAACACAAUAUUGUGGGAGUUGACAAGGCACCAAAGAAAGAGGUUGUGGAGCCACCAAAGAUACCAUCUGUUCUUGAUAAAGAAUCCAUACUUCAAAGACAAGCAGAAAUUGAUUCUGAAAUUGAGAAGGAGUACACCGAAAUGAUUAACUUGACAAUGAAGAAAAUUGAAACUCUUAAGCGAAAGAAGGAGAGCAUGAUAAUGAACAACAAUAAUGUCAUCAAUCAGAAUAAUGGUAGCUCAGGUGAAGAUAAAGCUUGCAAAGUUGAAGACACCAUGUUUGGAGACAGCGACGACAGUAAUGAAGGGAUGGAGUCAAGUGAGGAAGAAGUUGAAUACGAAACAGAAGAGGACAGCGAGGACGAAGAAGAAGAGGACUAUUAUGAAGAGACAGAUUACGAUGACAUUCCUGUGGUUGGACGUUUAGAGGAUCGUGUCAACAGCCUUAUAAAACAGAACGAACAAAUUUUCGGAAAAGAAAGAUUCGAAAAGCUCUAUGCCAAAUAUCAAGAGCUCUACAACAAUGAUCAAAUUCAAAACGAAGAAGCUAAAAUUAUUCCAAGAAAAGAAGUUCUAGGCGAUGACGAACCUCAAUUACGAAAAUACUGUCACCUCAUUGAAGAGUUAAUAUUUGUACAAUCCGCUCUCUUAUAA